UUUAUAUUGUAACUACUACUAUAUCGUAACUAUACAUGUGUUUGUGACGCGCGCCGCAUCCCCCCACCUCAGUUCAGUCGCAAAUAAACAGUCUUCAAGCAAACACGCAUUUUAAUUCAUAUAAUUCCUGCUAAGCAAAUAGUAACCUUAAUACCAUAAACAUAGUGGUCACAAUCGAGCCGAAUCUGCGAACCCACCUACUUAGUGAAAACAAGUUAUCGAAGCCACCGGCCGGCCGACGAGAACAAUAGCAUUCCAAGACUCAUUAGUGAAUGAAUAGAAAAAAAUAAAAAGGUGCAAUGAGUGCUAACGAGCUUAUUAACGUUUUAGAAGACACGGCUACAUUAUUACAGAAAACGCAAGUAAAUAUUAAGAAAUGCCCUAAAACCAGAUUGACAAAAGGUUACGUUGAAGCAAGAAUCAAAUGUAUAGAAGAAUAUUGGACAACGUUCAGAGAAACUCAUCAACAAUUAGUCAAGAUAACAUCGAAAGAACAAAAACAAAAGUUAAAUUACUUCGUUAACGAGGAUUUCUACAGUUAUGAAGACUUGUAUCUUAUGUUAUUAGCCGAUUUACAAGACCUUUUGUCGACGUUAAAUGCACCGUUACCCGCAUCAUCGAAAAAUAAUUCAUCAACUAAUACGAAUAAUGAUCAACUCGUUAGGCUGCCUAGGAUACAAUUACCAAGUUUUAGUGGGAAUUAUGAAGAUUGGACGACCUUUCAAGACCUAUUUAUUUCAUUAGUUCAUGAAAACACGGCGAUUAGUGAUGUGCAGAAGUUACAUUAUUUGAAAAGUAUUGUCACUGGAGAGGCCGAGCUGUUAUUGAAGCCUAUUCAAAUAACUCAAAGUAAUUAUGAACAAGCAUGGACUGUUCUCAAAUCAAGGUACGAUAAUAAAAGAUUGAUUAUUAAUUCAGUGUUAAAGAAAUUGUUUUCGCAAAGGAAAAUAAAUACACAAUCUGCAAAUCAAAUAAAGAGUUUAUUAGACGUUACAACGGAUUGUUUAAACAACUUACAAAACUUAAAUAUAAAUACGAACUCAUGGGAUCCUAUCAUUAUUUUUAUUUUGAUUCAGAAAAUGGACCCAGAGACUCACAAAGAGUGGGAACAAACUGUUUGUACAAAUGAAGCUGAUAAAUUACCUACCUGGGAUGAUUUAAAGCAGUUCUUGCAAUCAAGAUAUCGUACCUUAGAACUUGUAAUGUCAACAUCGGGCCUCCGUGAAAAACCUAUCAAAGAACGUUCACACCUCGUAACUGCUACAGCUGCAACUUCACCAUUGUCAGUUAAUAGAAAAUGCGUGUUAUGUAAAGAAAGUCAUACCUUAUGCCACUGUAAGGAAUUCACCAAACUGCAACCUGCUGAGAGAUCUGAGUAUGUGAAAUCAAACAACAUUUGCUUUAAUUGUUUGGCAGCUGGUCAUUCCGCAUAUCAAUGUAAAUUGCGAAUGUCAUGUCGUAUAUGCAGCCGACGUCAUCACACUCUACUACACCGACCUAAGGAUGCUGCUUCUUCGGUACAAUCUGAGGACUCUAAACAACCGAGAGCAAUACAGCACGGCGUAGAAGAGAAAGAGGAACUAGUCAACACUACGAUUGCGUCGCAUCACAGUACCAAACAAAGCACAAGUGUAGCACUACUGGCCACGGCAACAGUUUUAGCAAGGAACGACCAUAAUCACACUGUUGUUUUACGUGCACUAGUAGACCAAGGUUCGCAGGCAUCAUUCAUUAGCGAGAAGGCGACACAACUACUCAAGUUAACCAGGCAUACAGCAAGAGGAAGUAUCAUUGGUGUGGGAUCUACAAGAACCAACGUUGAUCACGUGGUACAACUAAGGAUUGGGUCUCGAUGGAAUCCAAGCUACGAGAUUAACGUUCAAGCAUACGUUAUGAGUAAACAGUUAACCACGAAGAUCCCCUCCAAGGCUGUCACUGUCACACAUUGGCCACAUCUAGAGGGACUCAACUUGGCGGACCCAGAGUAUCAUAAACGCGGUCCAAUAGACUUGCUUCUAGGUGUCAAAGAGUAUGCGCAAAUCGUGCAACAACAAUUAAUCAAGGGUCCUCCUGGUUCUCCAUGUGCUCAAGAAACCAACCUGGGAUGGAUUCUUUUUGGAGAAAUCAAUACCAAUGUUACAGAAGAAAGCUUUCUGGUCCUUCAUCAGCAAAUAGAAGUAGAUAACAUGUUAAAAUCACUUUGGGAAAUAGACACUGGAAAGAAAAGAAUAUUAACAAGAGAAGAAAAGCUAUGUGAAACAAUAUAUGUAAACACUCAUGCAAGAACAGAAGAAGGAAGAUAUGUAGUAAGCUUACCCUUUAAAACUGAAAAUCCCUUAUGUCUAAAUGGAAAUACGAAGGAAAUAGCAAGAAAGAGACUACUACAGCUUGAAAGAAGAUUUAGAAAGGAGCCUUCACUAAAAGAAAACUACCAAAAGGCCAUGCAAGAAUAUAUAAAAUCAAACUAUAUGGAAAAAAUACCUGAAAAUGAAAGUAAUAAAAACAAAGCUGUGUACUUACCUCAUCACGCAGUAAUCCGCACCGACAAAGAAACCUCGAAGACGCGCGUCGUGUUUGAUGCUUCAGCCAAAGGGUCGAAUGACGUUUCGCUCAACGAUGAACUGCUUGUAGGUCCGCAACUGCAAGACGACCUUAGAGAUAUUGUUAUGCGGUCGAGAUUACAUCGCGUCUGCUAUGCCAGCGAUAUCCAGAAGAUGUUCCUUCAAGUCUUAUUACAUAAAGAAGAUGCCGAUACUUACCAACGCCUUCUAUGGAGAGAAGAAGAGUCAGAUCCAAUCAACGAAUACCGUAUGCUUCGUGUUACUUUUGGUACAGCUUCAGCACCCUAUUUAGCAGUAAGAACGCUUCAUCAAGUGGCUGACGAUGAAGGUGGGAAUCACCCAGAGGCUGUACGAGUAAUCAAAUCAGAUCUUUACAUGGAUGAUUUGAUCUCCGGCGAGGACACGGCAGAACAGGCUAUACAGGCAGCGCAAAAAAUUUCAUCUAUACUGCAAAGGGGUGGCUUCAUAUUAUCAAAAUGGUCUUCAAAUUCUAAGGACUUUAUGCAAUUCAUAGAUGCAAAUAAGAGAUCAACGCGAGUACAAUUAGAUUUAAAACUAGAUGGAACUGUACAAGCCCUGGGAUUGAUCUGGAAUCUAGGAACAGAUCAAUUUCAGUAUAAAAUAGACUUACCUCCAGUUUCAGACAAAAUUACAAAAAGAACAAUCUUAUCAGACAUGCAGAAACUGUUCGACCCGCUGGGAUGGAUCGCUCCAAGUGUAAUCUUGGCUAAAAUAUUGAUACAAAAAUUAUGGAUGGAAAAGACUGGCUGGGAUGACAAAAUAAGCCAAACCCUGAUCGACGAGUGGUUGACUAUUCGUAAGGACUUUGAAGAAGUUAAAAACAUAUAUAUUGAUCGAUGGCUUGGCACAUUUAGCAAUGAGGUAGACAAGAUAGAAAUUCAUGGCUUUAGCGACGCCUCCACGCGAGCAUACGCUGCAGUGGUUUAUGUCAGAAUAAAGAGGCAGGAUGGCUCGGUGUCGACAAAACUGCAAGCAGCAAAGACUAGAGUGGCACCGCUGCGUACUGUGUCCCUACCACGGUUAGAGCUGUGUGGGGCGCUGUUGUUGUCGAGAUUGCUUAAGCAAAUACAACAAGCCCUGCGAAUACCUACCUCAAACGUCUAUGCAUGGACAGAUUCAACCAUUGUCCUUGCAUGGUUAUCAGGCGAUCCACACAAUUGGAAGACGUUUGUAGCAAACCGGGUUGUAGAGAUAGCUGAAAAUGUAGACAAUAACCGGUGGUUCCAUGUCUCAUCUGAAGAUAAUCCAGCAGACAUUGGGUCACGUGGUAUGCUACUAGUUGACCUGGAAAAGUCUGACUUGUGGUGGAAGGGUCCAACUUGGCUCUCUGAAACAGAAAUAAUAUUAAAACAAGAAUGUGCAUCUACUGAUUUAGAAAGAAAACCGGACAAAAUACAAGCAAAUUUAAAAAUAGAUAUUGAGGAAGGCCUGACGUCACAAUUUAAAGAAUAUACUAAUUUACAAGAAUUGAUAAAAGCGAUAACAUAUUGUAUAAGAUUUUUAAAAUUUAAAAGAAAUCUGGAAAACAUGGAAAAGGAUUUUACUACAAAGGAAUUAGAAAGAGCACUCAUGAAAUGCAUAGUAUUAGUACAACAAGAAGAAUUCAAAGAUGAUAUAGAGAGAUUAAAAUCAAAUAAAGCAUUAAAAAAGGAAAGUAAAAUUAAAACCUUGAAUCCUUACCUUGACGGAGCUGGUAUCCUCAGGGUGGGCGGUCGACUUCGUAACGCGAACUUGGAUGAGCAGAUUAAACAUCCUAUUGUAUUAGGAAACAAGAACGAUUUGGUGACCUUGAUUAUCGCUGAUGCACAUGCUAGAACAUUGCAUGGUGGUGUUCAACUCAUGUUGAGUUAUCUAAGCUCAAGGUAUUGGAUUAUACGCGGCAAGACACUCAUAAAAUCGUGCAUUCACAAGUGUCUUAUAUGUGCCAGACUUAGAGCAAAAUCAAGAACACAGAUAAUGGGUGACCUGCCUAAAGUGAGAGUCACUCCUGCUCGAGCUUUCUUACAUACCGGAGUUGAUUUUGCCGGCCCAUUUCAGAUAAGCAUGUCCAAAGGAAGAGGCAUUAGAACUCAAAAGGCGUACAUUUGCGUAUUCAUAUGCAUGUCAACCAAGGCAAUACACCUUGAGCUGGUAAGCGAUUUAACCUCAGAAGCCUUCAUCGCUGCAUUCAAGCGGUUUGUUGCAAGAAGAGGAAAAUGUAGCGAUAUAUGGAGUGACCAGGGACGAAACUUUGUUGGUGCCAACAAAGAGCUGAUGGCUGCAUGGAAAGAAGCAAAUCUGGUCUUCGAAGGUGUAAUAUCAAACACACUGGCAAUGGAAGGAACGCAAUGGCAUUACAUACCAGCGUACUCACCGAACUUUGGUGGUUUGUGGGAAGCAGGUGUAAAGUCGGUCAAACAUCAUUUGAAACGCGUUCUCUCCACCAACCUCACGUACGAAGAAAUGAUUACCGUGCUGUGCCAGAUAGAGGCCUGUCUCAAUUCCAGACCGCUGUGUCCUAUCGACGACAAAGAUCCAGACUGCAUAGAAGUACUUACACCUGGACACUUCCUUAUUGGUGAAGCUCCUAUCGUUGUACCGUCGCCUGACUUCAAAGACGCAAAGAUGCAUUCCCUUUCCCGGUGGCAGUACACACAAAAGUUGCUAGGUGAUUUCUGGCGACGUUGGCAACAAGAAUACUUAACAAGAUUACAACAACGUCCCAUUUGGUUAAAGAAAAUAGAAGAGUUCAAGGUCGGUGAUGUUGUUUUAAUAAAGACCGACGGAUUACCACCAGGAAAGUAUUCCCUGGGUCGUGUUAUAGAGAAACACCCCGGAGAGGACGGCGUUACCAGAGUCUACAGUAUAAAAAGCGGCAACAGCAUAGUGAAGAGAUGUUGUUCAAAGUUAUGCGCAUUACCUAUUGAUUUUGAAUAAAUGUUUAGUGUGAAUUUUACAUAUAAGAUAUAUGUAUUAGGCUAAGAUGUUUUUUUUUAUGUUUAGAAAAGAACUACGUCCUUUUGGUGGGCGGCAUGUUGUAUUUAUAUUGUAACUACUACUAUAUCGUAACUAUACAUGUGUUUGUGACGCGCGCCGCAUCCCCCCACCUCAGUUCAGUCGCAAAUAAACAGUCUUCAAGCAAACACGCAUUUUAAUUCAUAUAAUUCCUGCUAAGCAAAUAGUAACCUUAAUACC